CUGCAGUGCGCCCUCCCUCCUGCGAGGGGAGCCUGUUCCCAAAACUCCAGCUCUCCUCUCGAUCUGAUUCCGGAAGACGCUCUGCCCUCUCGGGCGCUGCUGUUCCUGUCGCCGGCUGGUCUGUUCGUUGGUUGUCCCGCUAGGGGCCGCUCUAGCCGACGUCUCGGCGGCGAUGCGAGGGAACUGCGCUGUUGCUGCUGCUGCUGCUGCUGCCGCGGCCCGCCCGCCGCCAUAUUGGAGCUCGCGCCGCAGCAGAAGCUCUUGCGCGUUUGUCAACGGCGCCUUCCUCCCCGCCCCGUCCGCCAUGGCGACGAGGCGCCUGGACUGGCCCUGAAGGAAGCCUGCGGCCCUCGUCGCAGCAGGGAAGCCGGCCAGGCCCCGCGACACCUCCGCGCCGCGCCCAAAAGCCGCCUCCUCGGCCACAACAUGGAGGCCGUGAAAGCCUUCAACGGCGAGUUGUACUCAUUGAAUGACUACAAACCUCCCAUUUCAAAGGCAAAAAUGACACAGAUUACCAAGGCAGCAAUCAAGGCCAUCAAGUUCUACAAACAUGUUGUACAAAGUGUUGAGAAAUUCAUUCAAAAGUGUAAACCAGAAUACAAGGUUCCUGGUUUGUAUGUCAUUGACUCUAUUGUUCGACAGUCUCGACAUCAAUUUGGGCAAGAAAAGGAUGUGUUUGCUCCUAGAUUUAGCAAUAACAUCAUUAGCACUUUUCAGAACUUAUAUCGCUGCCCUGGGGAUGACAAGAGUAAAAUUGUUCGAGUGCUGAAUUUAUGGCAGAAGAAUAGUGUGUUCAAAAGUGAAAUUAUCCAGCCUCUACUUGAUAUGGCAGCAGGAAUUCCUCCUCCAGUUGUGACGCCUGUCUUGCCUGGGACAACAGCUACUAUGAGUAACAAUACUCCAGGAACUCCAGUGACGCCAGCUACACCUGCCAAUGUGAUCCAGAGUUUACCUGAUCCUUGGGUGUCUCAGAUAACUAAUACAGAUACUCUUACUGCUGUUGCACAGAUUCUACAGAGUCCACAAGGCCAGCAGCUUCAGCAGUUAAUACAAACAUUACAAAUGCAGCAGCAGAAACCACAGCCAUCACUGCUUCAGGCACUGGAUGCCGGACUUGUUGUUCAGUUGCAAGCCCUCACUGCGCAACUUACAGCUGCCGCCACUGCCAAUACCCUUAAUCCUCUAGAACAGAGUGUCUCUUUUAAUAAGAAGCUGAUGGAUAGGUUUGGGGAUUUUAGAGAAGAUGCUGAUAUUAAUGAAGAACCUAAAAAAGAAACACCAACUUCUCAACUGCCCCUUGUACCUGAAUCUGUGAACAACUCACUUUUUCAUCAACUUGCUGAACAAUUACAGCAGCAAAACCUGGAACAUCUUCGCCAGCAGCUUCUGGAGCAGCAGCCAACAAAGGCCAGCCCUGAGGAAACGCAAGAAGAAACAUUUGGUUCUGAGCAUUCAGCAUCCCCUUCACAAGACAGCAGCCAUCAGCAGUUUUUAGAAGUAGAACCAAAUAUUGAUAGUUCAAUGGAUGUUCAACAACAGGAUAUGGAUAUAGAUGAAGGCCAAGAAGUUGUUGAACAGGAAGUUUUUGAGCAAGAGGAGAAGAAAGCAGCAGUUAUUUCAAGAUCAAGAACACGUUCAAGAUCUCGUUCAAGAUCUCCAAGAAAAAGAAGGUCCAGAUCACGUUCUGGAUCUCGAAAGCGUAAGCAUAGGAAGCGUUCACGCUCUAGAUCAAGGGAAAGAAAAAGGAAGUCUUCGAGGUCAUAUUCAAGUGAAAGAAGAGCUAGAGAGAGAGAGAAAGAACGACAGAAAAAAGGAUUGCCUCCUGUUCGAUCCAAAACACUAAGUGUCUGCAGUACCACACUUUGGGUUGGUCAGGUGGACAAGAAAGCUACACAGCAGGAUUUAACCAAUUUAUUUGAAGAAUUCGGACAAAUCGAGUCUAUUAAUAUGAUCCCUCCCAGAGGUUGUGCUUAUGUCUGUAUGGUUCAUAGACAAGAUGCCUACCGUGCUCUUCAGAAACUAAGCUCUGGAUCCUACAAGAUCGGAUCAAAAAUUAUCAAGAUUGCAUGGGCAUUAAAUAAAGGAGUGAAAACUGAAUAUAAACAGUUUUGGGAUGUGGAUCUUGGAGUUUCAUACAUACCUUGGGAAAAAGUUAAAUUGGAUGAUUUGGAGGGCUUUGCAGAAGGAGGCAUGAUUGAUCAGGAAACAGUAAAUAAUGAAUGGGAAACUACAAGAAGCACAGAGACUGUAAAGGAACCUGUACCAACAACGCAGAGUACAACUGUUGAAAAGACCUCUGUUGUAACAACACAAACAGAAACAUUCACACAGUCUGUCGCUAUGUUACAGCUUCCUGUAGCACCAGCUGUGCCAGCUGUGAGUUUAGUUCCACCAGCAUUUCCUGUUGCAAUGCCUGUACCUCCUCCUGGCUAUAGUUCAAUUCCGCCCCCUCCCUUCUUGAGAGCAAGCUUCAAUCCUUCACAGCCACCUCCUGGUUAUAUGCCUCCUCCAGUUCCACCACCUGGUCCUCCACCUGUAGUUCCAACAUCUCUUGUACAGCCUUCACUACCAAUUGCUCAAGAGUCACUGAAAGAUUUUAACAGCCUUGUUCUACCAGUGGUUACUGUCUCAAGUAGUCUUACCACCCCAACAUUGUCUGCUGGAAGUGUCUUCACUCCUCUUUCAAGUAAUUGCUCUGAUGUGGAUGAGAAAGGAUCUCACCUUGCAGACGUUCAGAUCUCAUCUAGUGAAAACAGAGCCAUGCAAGAUGAUGUUUCAAGUAGUUCUGGACUCAUUGGAGGAGCUCAGCUACCUAGUGUUUCAACCACUUCUGGACUUGGAGGAGGAAUCCGGCCACCAAAUGUCUCAAGUAGUUCUGGGCUUGUGCAGCCGCCCAGUGUCUCAAGCAGCUCUGGACUUCUAACAAGACUGCAGCCAUCCAUUGCAUCAAACAGUUCUGGGCUUCUGACUGGUGUUCAGCCUCCAAGUGUGUCAAGCAGCUCUGCAAUGUUGCCAGGACUCCAGCCCAUGAGUGUCUCAAGCAGCUCCAACCUUCUAAUGGGACUUCAGCCACCAAUAGUGUCAAGUAACUCUGGACUUUUGUCAGGAGGCCAGCCACCCAUGGUAUCAAGUACUUCUGGGCUUUUGACAGCACUUCAACCACCGAUUGUAUCAAGCAACUCUGGCCUUCUGGGAUUACCUCCACCAAUUGUCUCAAGUGGUUCUGGACUGCUAGGAUUACCACCACCAAAUAUUGCCAGUGGUUCUGGACUAUUAGGGCUGCAGCCACCCACUGGAAUUCAAACUGUGCCCCAUUUAACUCUUGCUAGUCAACGGUUGCCUGGAAUGCCUCUAGUCGAUAUCCGCUCAGGAUUAAUGGCACAGCCACCUGGGCCAAGAUUUCCAUUGCUACAGCCUGGAAUGCCACCACAGCGUAGCAUUCCUCCUCCAGCUAUCCUUGACCCAUCACUUCCUCCACCCAGAAGUUCUUUCCUUUCAGGAGACCUUUUUACUCAGACAGAGAGACCAUUUGGCAAUUGUGGUAGGCAAAGUAUUGACAACCUUUCUAAUCCAGAUAAAAGGUUGCCACUUGGAGAUGACAGCAUUCAACAAGAGGGAGAUAGAGAUUACCGCUUUCCUCCAGUGGAAAAUAGAGAGAACCUUAAUCGGUCAUCACAAGGAGAUAUUAGGGAGUCUGUUGGCAGGCCACCAUUGGAUCCCAGAGAGGGUCUUGGAAGACCUCCAGUAGAUGGAAGAGAACAUCUUGCCAGGCCACACCUAGAUUUAAGGGAGAACUUUGGAAGGCCAGGUAUGGAUAACCUCAGUAGGAGAGACUAUUUUCCUUUCAAUUCAGAUAAGCAUUGGGGACAAAGAGGAGAUUAUGAUGAAAGAGAGCGUCGUGUUUUUCCUGCUUAUGGUGGUCUUAAACCUUUCCAGGAAGACAGAGAGAGGUUUCGACAAACCAAUUUCAGAUUUGAACCUCGAGGUGGUCCUAGCUGGAACAGAGGACCUGAACAAGAUACUCACAGAGACUUUGAUGACCGCCGCAGACCAUGGGAAAGACAAAGGGAUAGGGAUGACAGAGAUUUUAAUUUUGGUAGAGAAAUUAAUGGAAACAGAUUUGGGAGAGAAAGAAUACAGAACAACUGGAUACCCCCUCCACAUCCACGGGUAUUUGAAUAUUUUGAAGGUGGCACUUCUCAAGGAAAAGCUGACAAUAUGCCCCAAAUUAAUGGUGAAAACACAGAGACAGAAAGUCAACCAUCUGGUGUGGAAGUACAGGAUGAAUCGGAACUGUUUGAAAAGCUGACACCUUCAGGUGACACAAAAAAAGAGAAGAGUGACACAGAAGCUGAAUUAGAAAGUGAACCAGUGGUAGAAAGCACAGAAACUGAGGGGACAUAAUCAUCACUCAGUAGGCAAUAUAAUGAAGGAUGUUGUGGCAGCAUACCAUGUGCUGGGCUCGGCCGAGUUAAAUGAGAACCACAUCAGUGUUCUAAUGGGCGUCACAUCGGAUCUUGGUUGUGAAGUAUUAGAAGGAAGGAAUCUGGCGUUUCAUACUGGAGGCAUUGUAUAUCAGUACACACUGUCUGAUAAAACCCAGGGACUAUGAACUCAUCCACCAGUAUUACCUGUCUGGAGCAGGUUUAAUUUUAUAAAUUGAAAGCAAUAAACUCUAUGAGUUUUUUAAUGCAUUUUUUUCUGCGUUUGGGGGAUGAUCUGCUCAAAUGAACAGUUUUGCAUCCAGUACAGAGAGAGGCUCUUCUGCACGACUAGAAGAUGACACUGGACUGUAAAUUUUGGCUAACACUCACUCCUAUCUUCUAAAAGGUCAGGUUGCAUGGGAAGAGAGACUUAGGUGGAAAAGCUGUUUCUUUUCAACGAUUAAGACACUUGAAAUUGUGUAGACCACGUAUUGUGGCUGAUGCCCUAAAUUCUAGGCAUUUGCCUUGAGAGAGAUAGAGUGUCAGAAAAACAUCAUGUCUUGUGAUCUGCCAAUGGCAUCAAUUCUUAAGUGCUUAAACUGUGGCACAGGAAGACUGGAGGUUGAGUUUUGAGGUCUUGGAAAGACCUGAACUCAGAGUUUCAGAAAAAUUGGAAAUGGAAAAUCUCAAGCCAAGUCACUGGGCCAGACAUGUCCUUCAGCACUCAUUUUAAAGCAUAGAAAGCUAAUUAUCUAAGAGUGGAAAAUAAAAUUGGUUAAUUAAAAUCAAUUAAUUUUUAAAUGUAAUCAGUAGAGAAGAGUCUACUUAUUCCUAAAUUAAACCAGUAUUCUCUCUGAGUUUCCAAAGAAAAUCUAUGCUUUUAAAGUUUAAAUCUAUGGACUUAAGUUCAACUACAAAGGGAAGAGAGAGAAGAAGAAACAUGACCACACAUCAUAUAUGAAAAUGUUAUUUCUGUCUAUCCUCUAUUUAUAUUUUGUUCUCUCAAAGGUAAAGGGCCAGACACUUGGAAUGUAGUAGUUUAUGGUCUCUUGAAAUCAGAUCAUUCCCUUUAUGCUGUAUCUGCAUGGUGACCAUGGUGACUACAGCUUUGGACUUGUGUAACAAUAAAUGAAAAAGAAAGUGGG